UUGCAUGUUUGGAAAUCAUGACCUUAUCCUCAAAGAGGUAGACCCUUCUUUGGUCGAACAUGCGUUUGGCCGGAUCAAGAUUAUUCGAGGUCGGGCCGUUACCGUUAUUGACGAGCCCUUCGUUUCCAAGGCUGUUGAGAAUUAUUUCGCAGCCAUUGAUCCCUACUUUGCAAGAGAGGUUCAAAACGUAUGAUCAAGGCGACACCUAUUGAGCAAGGAUGUGUGUUUGAGCGGUUUAUGAUGAAGGUUUUCAGUGAGACGUUCAACAGAGGACCUCUAGCAGAGUGGCCGCAUAGCCCCAAAAUUUCUAAGAUGUGUCCGGCUCUUGUCGGCAACGUGGAGAUUGUUGGCUGGAAAGAGCCUGGACUCGAGCAAGGUACGACACAUGCGAUGAUGUCGAUGGGGGAGUUUAUGGACGCUCAUGUCAACAACAAUUCAAAACGCAACAGCGUGCCUGUUGCGCCAUUUUUCUUCCCCAAGCCGAAGCCAUCGGGACCAGACCUCGUUUUUUUCAUCCGUGUUGACAAUGAAAGAAUUUUUCCAGUCUUUGUCCAGAUGAAGCUGCAUCAGGGGUCGUCGAAUUUCUCAGAGGCUGAUUGGAACGAUGCACUCAGUACGGUCUCGGCUCCCAAGAUUGAAUGUCACGCUGAGAACUUUCGCGAGUACUGCCCUGAAAAUGUCUACAUCAACAUGAUCAUUGCUUAUCCUACAAAGUGGACAGACAAACUGCCAGCAUCCUCAGAGCUUCCAAAGGAUGCUAGCGGUGUGCAACAAGUGGUGAUCAAUAUUAGCGAUGACAACUUUGGUAACGUCUUCCCCAAGGAGCAUGUAGAGUUUAUUGAUCGACUCAAGAAUGCAUGAAAACGUUCGGCUGAUGACAGCGACAGCAAUGGUGAAGCUGCUUGUUCGCUUUAUCUGCGAGGCCCCUCAAUUCUCGGUCGACUUUGACACUCACUGGCCGGGUUUCCUUCUCUUCCAUGACGUCGACAAGGCGCUGCAAAUUAUUGCGAAU